UGUGGGCCUCCAUCCUCCUCCCACCAGAGCUCACGCGGAGUCAGAUCCAGGCGCCCUGCCCACCACACACACCCGAGGCGGCGGAGGCGACGGGGCGGUCGGCGGCGAUGGGCGGCGGCGCGCACGGAGGCACCACCUACAAGGGGUACACCAUCCCACACAACAAGCGCUGGCACACCGUCGCCGGCAAGGGCCUCUGCGCCGUCAUGUGGUUUUGGAUUUUCUACAGGGCUAAGCAGGACGGUGCUGUGCUCUUGGGUUUGCGUCAUCCUUGGGACGGGCAUGAUGAUCACUCUCAUGGUCAUGGACAUGAGCAUGAGGCAUCAUCGUCGUCGUCACCAUCUCAUUAAGUUCACUUCUCCAUGCGUCUGAGGUCGACUCACUGCUUCGCAUGUGCCAGCUAAAGUCGCAGUUAAUAAAGUACGCUACCAUGUAUGGGAUUCAUGCUGUUUGCAACUUGUUUAGCGCAAACUGGUUUUGUGAUGAUUGUGCUCAUGUAUUUGAUUUGAAGCUCAGUGCAAAUGUUGUGAGAAACGAUUUGUGUAUGUUGCUGUUUGUUUGCUUGUGGCCAUAAGGAAAUAUCAGCAGACACACAUUCUGUCUC